GGAAAAGAAUCCCAAGAAGAAUAUAGGGAAGAACCAUGUCUCGAUUCGUGUUUGUAUUCGUGCUCCUCGCUGUGGUUGUUGCUGCCCUCCCCGACGACGACAAGGACGAGAAAAAGCACAGAACCGACCUCCAUAAAUGUCCGCCGAACGAGGAAUGGAGUCUUUGUGGAAAAAUUUGCGAACCCAGAUGCGAUAAUCCAACACCAAAAAUAUGUCCAAGAAUAGCGUGCAGUAAGAAUAUAGCUGCUUGUCGCUGCAAACCAGGACACCUUAGAAACGAGAAGAACAGAUGUGUCAGACCCGAGAAAUGUAAACGCCACUGCAAGGACCAUGAAUAAAUAUGUCGUCUGUGAUAAAUACAUAUCGAUGACUAAUAAUAAUUAAUGAUAAUGUAAUUCUUUCUACUAAAUUUAAACACUUAUGUCCAUAGAUUUUAUUUGAGAUGAAUAAAUACUUUCUGCUAGCAUAA